AUGAGCUCCAAUACGACACCUGAAAAAGUUGGUCUUCAUGUACUGGGCCCCAGGCGCCAGGAUGUACUAGAACAAGCUGUCAAAGUGAAUGACCCAGAGGGAAAGGACGAAAUCCUGGUGGGAUGGGAUGACGACAACGACCCAGAGAAUCCUCAGAAUUGGUCAACCUCAGUCAAGACAUGGCUCACCGUCCAACUUAGCUUGCUGGCUUUUGCUGCCAGUUUGGCAUCCAGCAUCAUUUCGCCUGCUAGCAAAACCAUCGCAGAGUAUGUCCAUGUCAGUCAAAAUGUUGUAGUCCUGAAUGUUUCCCUCUACAUCGUCGGCUUUGCGUUCGGCCCUCUCUUCUGGGCUCCCAUAUCGGAAGUUUGGGGUAGAAGAAUAUCAAUACUCCCGGCAAUGUUUUGUCUAGUCUUGUUUUCAAUCGGCUGUGCCACCAGCCAAAAUGCAGCGUCGAUUUUCGUCAACCGAUUCUUCAGUGGCUUAUUCGGUUCGGCGGCUGUCAGCAAUGUCAAUGCCGCGUUAGGAGAUAUCUGGUCGCGAGAAGCACGGGGAACUGCUGUCACCUUCUAUGCUGUCGCAGUUGUGGGAGGCCCCUGUCUCGGUCCAGUUUUCGGCGCCGCAAUAUUGGAGAGAAGUCCAGAUCUUGGAUGGCGUUGGACGGAAUACACCACUGCGAUUCUCACCGCCGCCGUUGUAGCGCUCACAUAUUUCUGUAUGCCAGAGAUGUAUCCGCCUGUCAUCUUGAAAUGGAAGGCCCAAAGGCUUCGCAAGGAGACCGGGAACCUGAAGCUAUAUCAUCCUCAGGAGAGAAUCAAGAUCGAUCUCAAAUCGAUCAUCACCAAGCAGCUCUCGCGCCCACUCAAGAUGCUUAUCUCCGAACCGAUGGUCACUUGUAUAGCUUUCUACGCAUCCUUCGUCUAUACGAUACUUUACCUUACCCUGACAGUCUUCCCAAUCGUCUUUGAGGAGGAAAGAGGGUAUUCGCCUCUCAUCGCCUCAUUGCCCUUUCUGGGUUUGUUCGUCGGGGUUAGUCUCGCAAUCAUCAUAAACCUGGGCAAUCAACCACGUUAUAUCCGGAAGUGCCGCGCGGCUAAUGGCAAACCUGUCCCUGAAGCAAGGCUUCCACCUUUAGCAGUGGGUUCUGUUCUCAUGGUGGCGGGCCUCUUCUGGUUCGGAUGGACGGCAGCGCCAAGGCACUCAUGGGUGCAUCCUGCCCUAGCAGCGGUAUUGAUCGGAGCUGGUUUCAAUACUAUUUUCCAACAAUGUAUCAACUACCUUGUAGAUGUGUAUGGACUGUACGCCGCCAGCGCAACCGCGGCAAACACGUUCCUUCGAAGCAUCAUGGCGGCCGGCCUACCUAUGGCUUCUCGACCCAUGUUCCACACCCUUGGUGUUGGCCCUGCAAUGUCCAUUCUCGGAGCGGUCAGCGCUGCGCUUGUUCCUGUGCCAUUCCUCUUCAUGAAAUAUGGUCUUAUACUGAGAAAGAGGUCGAAAUUCGCCCCAGUGAUUGAUGACUGA